AUGGAUGCAUUUAGUGAUUCUGGUGAAUUAUACACCCUUAGAAACCAAUUUUAUACUAAUCAACACAAUAAAGUCAAGUCAUACUCCCUUGACCUGUUUUCUCCCGAGAACCAGUUGAAGGCUUUAGAGUUCCAAAUUAGAUCCACCAUUGCCUUGGAACAAGAUGCUUCCAAGAUGAUUGAAGAUGGAAAAACCGAAUUCCCAGGAAACGAACCAUUAUUUCAGUUAUUGAGUGCAUGGAACGACUUGAAGGAUUUUGGUGUUGAUGAUUCUACAUAUUUCGAAGAUGUCAAAAAGGCCACUUUUGAAUUACAAGCUGUCAUGACUGCUUUAUACUUGGUUAAGUUCGAUAAAGAUAUCGACCAAGCAAUUGUUUUCUUGAAUGAAUAUAUUGACAAUGUCAACUCUUUGGCUAAAUACAAUGAAUUGGAACCAUUUUUAGUGUUGGUACAAUUAUACUUGAUCAAAGGUAACCUUGUUGGAGCUUCCAGAGUUAUCCAAAAUUUGAACCAUUUCCCAGAAUCAGCUCGUGAUAACAUCAUUUACCAAGUAAUGGAAUCGUGGAUAUUAGCUGUCACUGGUGGAUCUGAUAAUAUCAACAACAGUUAUUACUUUUACGAUGAAAUUAUGUCCAACGAUUUCGACGACGAUGUCCAAGGUAAGUUUAAGAUAUUAAAUGUUAUUUUUGCCUUGACUUUGCAAUUGAAGCAUUAUCCAGAAGCACAAGAGAUUUUAGAACAGAUCAAGGGUUUGGGAAUAGUAGAUGCCGACUUUAUUGCCAACCAAAUCACAUUCGACCAGUUGCACAACAAUGGGGCUAAUUCCAAAGAGUUGUUGGGUGAAUUGAAGAAAUUAGACAGUGAUCAUGAAUUAUUGAAAGAUUACGAACAAAAAACCAAUAUAUUUGACGAGAUUGUUACAAAGUACUCUAUUUAG